AUGAAUUCCCUUAAACAGAUCUCUGAAUAUUUCUCAAUCAAUGGGAUUGCACAAGGUCUAAACAUUGAUCUCUUACCGACUCAGCCUCCGUGUUUGCGUCGCCUCCUCCUCUGCGUGGCCUCAACGAGAUCACAUAUGGCUGAUAAUCUCCAUUCAGCUAUUCAAGCUAUGUCGCUGCGUGAUGAUGAUCCCAUUGAUCUACCAGACGAUCCGUGCUUCAACGUCUUCGAUGGUAACUCCUUGAGCCUACUAGGAAGGCUCCUUAACCCACCUCGCCAACCUAUGUCUGAGAUGAUCGAAGAUAUGCCGCGUGUCUGGAGAGUUUAUGGCAGAGUUCGUGGUAUCGCACUCUUUGCUGAGAAGUUUCAGUUCAUAUUCCAACGAGAAGAAGCUAUGAUCACAGUACUUAAUGAUCGUCCAUGGUCUUACAAGAACUGGACAAUGCUGCUAGAUCGUUGGGUUCCUUCCCCUCCAGCCAAUUUCCUGGCUUCUGUGGACGUGUGGGUCCGUAUCUAUCAUAUCCCGGUGAAUCACUACAAUAUUGAUACGAUGGACUUUCUUGCCAGCAAAAUUGGACAUGUGAUUGAGAUUGCAUACGACCCUAAGAUGUCUCAAAAGGAAGCCUUCAUACGUGCUCACAUCAGGCUUGACAUUCAAAGACCAGCGCUGCCUUCCAAAGUCUUGAAUCUCCCCCGUGGUGGAUCAGUUGUUAUUGAGUUCGAGUAUGAAAAACUGAGGAAGCGUUGCCACCACUGUUAUCGAUUAACGCAUGAACGGCCAGAUUGUCCUUUGCUCCAUAACCGUAACAGAAAACAGAGCAUCCCUCAAAGCUCUGAGAAACCACAGUCGUCGUCUGGCGUGAAAGCUCAUGCUCCAGGACCCUCGGUCCCUCCUGGUUUCGAACCUCUAUUCCCGGAGCUGCCUAGUGAGGAACGGAAAGCUGCAUUGUUGUACGUUUCUCAUAGUGAUGAAACAGAACGCCUUGCAAGGAUUGCUCGUGUGCAGUUGUCGAUCGACCAAGGUCCUGAUGUGAUCCCCCCUAAGAUUACUCACGACUUAUCUAAAGGAAAGGGUCACGUCUUUACCUUUGAGGAACCCCAGAGGCGUGCUAAAAGACAAUCCAUAAUGACGGAAGCUCCUAGUUCCAUUGGAGAGCGUCAGCUUGGUGAUCACGGCAAAACAAUGAGUUCACCUUCUGAACUAGAAGGCGCCUCCUCUUCAUCACUCUUUAGUCCUACGGGUUUUAGUAUUGGUACCUCUUUUGAGGCUCAAUCUUCCGGGACUAAGAGUGCUGUGAAGAGCAACAGGAAGCGUCCUCAGCGUUGGAAACGUCUGGCAGUCAGAGCUCAGAAAGCUAAAGAGUGUGAGGAAGCUUUAGCAGUAGCUGAGGAAGAAAGGCAAAGCGGUGAUAUUAUCACUAAGAGGAAGGCAGUUUUGAAUGUAGGAGAGCAUUCGUCUAAAUCUCCAAAACCAACCCCAUGUUCGGUGGCUUCCGGUUUGAAGCCGCUGCCAUCCCAAUGA